AUGGCCUAUCAACAAUUCAUAAAAAGAGUAUUAUCCACCGUGAUUUUCAUAGUGGAAAUAUUUUGUAAUUUAGGAUUAAGUAAAUCUGCUACUGAAGCUGACGUUAAUGAAACUUAUGGAAUAAUUCCUUAUAUGGCCCCAGAGGUUCUUCAAGGGCAAAAAUAUACCACAGAAUCAGAUAUUUAUGGUUUUGGUAUGAUUAUGUGGGAAUAUAUGACAGGUAGAAGACCUUUUUGGGAUCGUGCUCAUGAUACUGAGCUGAUUAUUGAUAUUUGUGAUGGCUUACGUCCUCCAACAGGAGAUAUUGUAGCACCUAAAGGUUAUAUUGAUCUAAUGAAAGAAUGCUGGGAUCCUGAUCAAAGUAAACGGCCAACAGCUGUGAGAAUAGAGAGAGAUUUUAG